AUGUCUGUCCCGCCUGGUCCAGCUGCUGCCACAGUCGCUUUGAACAAUGAAAGAGACCUUUUGAAAUGUUUUCAUCCGCACAUCCCGCAUAAACUAGGACCUGCAAACAUUGUAUGCCGCUUCUGUGGUGCUCUACGAUGGCCCGAAGAAAGAACAAAGGUUGAACAAAAGGCGAACUCACAAAUCUUUUCGAAUUGUUGUAAACAAGGCGAUGUAACAUUACCGCUGGCUUAUUUUGAGGAGGCAUUGCUUCCUGAACCGUUGAUGAAAUUAUUCACUGGAUCUGAUGAAAUUGCCAAGGAAUUUCAGAAGAAUAUAGCAACAUACAAUAACAUGGUCUCGUUUGCCUCUCUAGGUGCAAACAUUGACAACUCGGUGAACGGACAAAAAGGGACUUAUUGUUUUCGCGUCAAUGGACAACUCAGUCAUAAUAUUCCAUCGCUCAUUCCCGCGGACGGAAAUGAGGCCUCUUUCGCACAAAUUUUCAUUGCUGGCGAUGGCGGAGAGGGGGAGUUAGCUUUAAGGGCCAGUAAAUUAGAUAAUCCCAAGUUUAAAAAGCAAAAGAAAAUCCAGAAAGACACCUUACGUCUACUUCAAGACAUCAUCAAUAAAGAAAACCCGUAUGCUGUAUUUCUUAAAGGUGCAGCUGACGUAAUCAACUCGGAUGAAACGGCUCGAGUUAUCCUGAAGAGUCUCGCACCAGGGAAUCGUGAGAUGAAAACUUACAAUAAGCCGAGGCCUGAGGACGUUGCUGCAUUAGUCCGAGGAACCGGAGAAAUCGAUAAAAGGCCCCGAGAUGUAUUAGUUAGACACAAAGACGGAUUCAUGGAUCACAUCACUGAUCUCAAUUCAGGCUACAUGGGGCUGCGAUAUCCUCUGAUGUUACCAUACGGCUCUCAACAAUGGGAUGGUAUGUACGAGUCUCCAACCAAAGGAACGAACCCUAAUUACUUUGUUUGCAGGUAA